AUGCAAUCAAAGAUUCUCAUUGCCCUCUUCAUGUUGGCGGUUUCAAACGCGAACGCUCGCGUGUCAGUUAUGUACGCACACGACAAAACAUCAGACGCAGUCGCCGACCAAUGCCUUAACGAAAUGUAUCCCAAGGGGAAAAGGGUGGACUUUCAGGAGUCUGACGAGGCAUGCAUAAUAUAUUGUGUGCUCAGAAAACUAGGAAUUAUGUAUUCUAAUGGCGCGAUAAAUUUAGAAAUUUAUCGGAAAAGGGUGCAAAUAGCACAUCAACUUGACCAAACAAAGGUCAUGAGCGAUAAUGGCAGCUCGUGUGCAGAAAAUGCCGACGCCAUCCAACAUAAGCAAGACGUUUGCAAGAAAGCCAAAGUAUUUAACGACUGUGUAAAUUACUUUACACCGGUCUUCUGUGAGGUCAUAGGCGUAUAUAGCAAGGGGCCGGCAUCGGCAUCACUCAAUAUUCUCAUAAUGUUCUUAACAAAGAUAAUAUGGUGCUUAUUACCAUCUUACGCGCUGGCUCUGCGACAAAACACCUUUUCUGGAACUAUGGUGGACUUCACAGAUCCUAAGGUUCAAGGGCAUUUGGACGCACUAGUUCGCAUGGCACAGGCCUGUGUCAUAAAAGUGAGAGCCUCGCCCAAAGACGUUCGUGCAUACUUCACAAACUCACCGCCAAUCACUAGGUCUGGACAAUGUUUUGCUGCUUGCAUGCUUGAGCAGAGCGAUGUCAUAAACCAUGGCAAGGUAAAUCGAGAUUUGUUAGUUCACCUUGCCAGCUUGGUGAAUGGCAAAAACUCGAGGGUUGUGCGAAAGCUGAACAGUAUAUCUCGGCUCUGUCUAGACAGUAUAGAAGGAAUGUCAGACAGAUGCCAGCUAGCUUCCACAUAUAAUGACUGCUUAAACGAGAACAUGAUAGAGUUUGCUUUUCCCUUGGAUAUCGCAGAAGAAGCUGUAAGAAAAAUGCCGUUUCAUCUUAUACAGCCCAAUUUGCCACAAGAAUUAAAGCAG